GACGAGCCCGCCCGCCCAGGCACCUCCGGCACGGAGAUGCUGCUGACCAACAACCGGCGCCGCGCCUCGCACCGUUUCAAGGACGCACAGAAGAAGGAGCGCGAAUACAGGAACAAGAAGCGUGCCACCGCAGCCCGGGCGAAUUAUCAUGAAGCGAAAUCCCACUUCAGACAAGGUCUCCACCACACCUGGACCGGCUUCAAGAUGAGCUUCGGCGUGCUCAAGAGCGCGGGAUAUCUCCUCCGCGACAAGAACGACCGUCUCUCCCGCCAGGCCGAGGAGAAGCGCAGGCUGCGGGCCGCCGACAAGCAGCGCAAGCUGGAGGAGAAGCUC